AUGCUAGAAAAGAUGGCAUCCGGAAACCGCAUCAAAAAUGUUGCUGUCGUAGGAGCGGGAGGCAAUGUAGGCAGCUACAUAGCAAAUGCCCUCCUAAAGACGGGCAAACACACUGUUACAGCCAUCACGCGUCACAACAGCCAGAACAAGUUGGCCGAGGGCAUUAUAUCCAAAGAAAUCGACUACGAGAAACCAGAGACACUCGUUGACGCCCUUCGUGGCCAGGAUGCGCUUGUUAUCACUCUCAGCGGGUAUUCCCCAAUUCAAGAGACCGAGGAGAAGCUUGUCAGAGCGGCGGCUGAAGCAGGAGUCCCGUGGAUUCUUCCUAAUGAAUGGUCUCCUGAUACAGCGCACGAAGGCAUGGUGAACGAUCUGUUUCUUUUCAAACCAAAGGUGGCGACUCGCAAGCUGAUCGAAGAAAUCGGAAAGUCAUCGUAUAUCGCCCUCUCGACCGGCUUCUGGUACGAGUACAGUCUCGCAAUGCCGCGAAACUACGGUUUCGACUUUGCCAAUCACACCGUCAAAUUCUAUAAUGAUGGUGAAGACAAGAUCUGCACCUCUACAUGGCCACAGAUCGGUCGCGCGGUCGCUGCCCUUCUAAGCCUCCCAAUCCAGCCUGAAGAGCCAAACACGGAAGCAUGCCUUGAGAAGCUGAAGAACCGAGUUGUGUAUAUUAACUCCUUCAACAUCAGUCAGAAGGAUAUGUUGGCAUCUGCUUUGCGUAUCACCGGCACAAAAGAGGAAGACUGGACUAUUACGAAGGAACCGGCUACGCAGGUGUAUACAACAGGCCAGGAGCAUCUCAAGCAAGGCAAAAAAGAAGCUUUCGCCAACGUCCUGUACUCCCGGAUUUUCUUCCCAGAUGGUGCUGGAAACUUCGAAGACAGUAAGGGCACACUCAAUAGUAUGCUCGGUCUGCCAAAGGAAGACCUUGACGAAGCAACCAAUAUUGCGAUCGAGCGUCAGAAAACCCAAGCUGAUGGGCAUUGACGUCCAGUCGGUGUAAUAUCAGAUACACAUUUUUUGUCGUGAACCCAAUGUGAUUGAA